AUGUCGGGAAAAGAGAAUGAACUGACGGCUGAGGAGAUUCUUGGGAGCUCCCAGAGCCCUCCACGGGAUGUUCAUGGACUCAAGUGGGUGCUAGUCGUGAUGUCGAUCUUUUCUUGCGUGUUUCUCUUCGCCCUAGACAACACAAUCGUAGCGGAUGUGCAGCCGGCAAUUGUUAAAGAGUUUGAGGACCUAGCGAUGCUUCCAUGGCUGUCUGUGGCUUUUAUGCUUGGAGCUGCCAGUACACUCUUGGUUUGGGGUAAGGCAUAUGGUCAGUUCAAUUGUAAAUGGCUCUAUAUUAUCACAACCGUCAUUUUUGAGGUUGGCUCGGCGGUCUGUGGUGCUGCCCCGACUAUGAAUGCGCUCAUCGUGGGACGUGCAAUCUGUGGUCUCGGAGGAGCAGGUAUGUACUUGGGUGUCAUGACCAUCCUCUCGAUGCUCACUACGCCUACCGAGCGACCGAUGUAUCUUGGGAUGGUUGGCUUAACCUGGGGAGCAGGCACAGUCCUCGGACCCAUUAUCGGUGGUGCUUUUACAGACAGCUCGGCAACCUGGCGCUGGUCCUUUUACAUCAAUCUUUGCAUUGGAGGUCUCUUUGCCCCGGUGUUCAUUUUUAUGAUCCCCAGUGUCGACCCCCGUCCAGGAAUCUCACUCAAAGACCGACUCGCACAGAUUGACUGGCUAGGCCCCAUCCUGUUCGUCGGCGCCUAUGUCUCGGGCAUAAUGGCCAUUGCCUUUGGUGGAGUUCUUUACAAAUGGAGCGACAGCCGUAUCAUCGGCAUGUUUGUGUGCUCCGGAGUCCUCUUCAUCCUCUUCUUCAUUCAGCAGGGAUUCAACAUUUUGACAACGUACCACAAGCGGAUCUUUCCAAUGCAGUAUCUGCGAAACAAAGAGAUGAUUCUUCUCUUUAUUGAGACUGCCGCAGCUGGAACCUCCUCUUUUGUUCCCAUAUACUUCAUUCCCCUCUACUUCCAAUUUGUGAAGGGUGAUGGUGCCCUGGAGGCGGGAGUGCGUCUACUUCCCUUCAUUAUUCCAAUGGUGGUGUUCAACCUCGUGAACGGAGUCGGCAUGAGCCUGUUGGGCUACUAUAUGCCCUGGUACCUCCUUGGUGGCAUAUUUGUCCUCGUCAGCGGCGUUCUGCUCAAAAUCACCACUUUGACGACCAGCGUGGGUCAGAUAUAUGGUGCCCUUGUUAUCGGCGGUAUUGGAACUGGCGUCUUCUCCCAGGCUGGGUUUUCUGUGGCGCAAUCUCUAGUCCCACCCGAGGAGAUUCCCAUGGCAGUGGGCUUCAUGACCUGUGCUCAGGUGGGAGGCUCGGCCAUUGCUCUCUCCAUUGCCAAUACUCUCUUCCUAAAUCGUGCAACCGUUGAGAUCAUGGAUCUGAUUCCAACUGAAAGCGAGGCCAACAUCCAGGCUAUGAUUUCCGGCGCCAAUGCGGCACUCCUUGACUCGCUGAGUGCUGCCUUAAGAACUGAUGUUUUGAAGGCAAUUGUCAACGCGAUUACGGAUGCACUGAUUCUGGAUCUGACUGCAGGAUGCAUUGCUGUUUUGGUGGCUGUUUUUCUGCGACGCACAAAGAUGAGUCAGACUCAUGGCGGGGUGGGAGGUAUGUGA